GAACGAGCGUGUAAGCGCCCUUCAGCAACGCCCUAACUCCCAACAUAAACAACGAAUCCGUUACUUGACAGCGAUUUUGGCGCGAAACCGAUGUCCCAGCCGCUGUAAAGUUAUACUAUUUUAUGUUGCACUCACCGCAAACGGGAUUCCCAUCCAAAAUCUGGUUCCAGCUGUUUCGCGGGGGCAAUGGUCACGCGAAUCCCUGUGUCGAUAGUUUAUUGAUUAGCGCGUUUUGAAUUCGAGUGCCAAUGAAACCUCGGUCAGGAAUCAGGAAUGCACAAAAUAGGCGACUACCAGCGGAUCGAGAAGAUUGGCGAGGGAACUUACGGAGUGGUGUAUAAGGCCAAAGAUGUGAACACGCAGCGGUAUGUGGCCCUCAAGCGGAUACGGUUGGACAGUGAAACGGAGGGCGUUCCGUCGACUGCCAUCCGGGAGAUUUCGCUGCUCAAGGAUCUCCAGCACCACUCGAUUGUGGAACUGUUCGACGUAGCCGUAAUGGAUUCCAGCAUCUACAUGAUCUUCGAGUAUUUGGACAUGGACUUGAAGAAGCUUCUGGACCGGCACAAAUCCUCCUUCACGCCGAAGCUUGUGAAAAGCUACAUGCACCAGAUGUUGGAUGCAAUUGCAUUUUGUCACAUGCACCGAAUUCUGCACCGUGAUCUCAAGCCCCAGAAUCUGCUGGUGGAUCGUGAGGGGCACCUGAAGCUGGCCGAUUUCGGCUUGGCUCGUUCGUUUAACGUUCCGAUGCGGACUUACACUCACGAAGUGGUCACCCUUUGGUACCGGGCGCCGGAGAUUCUCCUGGGGACCAAGUUCUACGCGACCGGGGUGGACAUCUGGAGCUUAGGGUGCAUAUUCGCCGAGAUGAUACUGCGGAGGCCACUCUUUCCGGGGGACAGCGAAAUCGACCAACUGUACCGGAUAUUCCGGACGCGAGGAACUCCGGACGAAAGCAACUGGCCCGGGGUGUCCCAGCUACCGGACUACAAGAGAAGUUUCCCCCGCUGGGACGGGCAGUCGGUUCCCGAGGAGAUCGCCCUGCACCAGGCGAAAGACCUUUUCGAGCUGCUGAUGGUUUACGAUCCGACGAAACGGAUUUCCGCCCGGAACGCCAUGCAGCAGCCGUACUUCGACGAUGUGGAACUGGUGCCACCGGAGAUUGGACCCUUGAAUGGAAAAACUAACGGACAGUAGAAUAAGAGAAGAGUACUGGCACGGGGAUGUAAGUAACGUGAUCGAUUUUUGUGGUAUCUUAUCAACUCAAUUCAUAGUGGAAAAAUCAAUCACGUUUCUUUCGUCCUUAUUCUGGCACACGUUCGAUAUGUGAAUCACGUUGGGAAUUUUAAGGGAAGUCAGUGAAUUUUAUGAAAAAGGCUUAUCGUAUGUAAUUCUGGCAACACUCGACCACAAAAGAUCGUAAAACUCCUCAUUAGCAUAGGUAUUAUUACAUUAUUUUAAGCAUAGGUUAGUGGAAUUAAAUGGUACAGUAAACAGUGUCAAUUUUGCAAAAAAAAAAACCGAAAUAGGCAAUGUGCCUCUAGUAAAUUAUGCUGCCGUGAAUCGCAAGUCAGUCGCAUUUGCAUUUUCAUCAAAAUAAAGUUGAGUUCAACAUUAAUCUUU